AUGAACGUCGUCAAGCGCAGCAACAAACAUACUUUGAUGACAGUGCGCGAGCCCGAGGUCGUUGACACGAAGAAAAGCCUGGUGAACGAGACAUCCAGCGAGUCCGACUCCAGCAACGACGUAAGAUCCUGCAAAACCGUUUACAGAAACCAAUCGAAGAAGUUCGUCGCGUCCGACACCUCCUCGACCGUCGUCCCGUUUCUCGAUUCCACCAAAAAUGAUCGGAAACCGGUCGUCUGCAAACGUCUAACGAACAGAAGGGACGAGAAAGCGGACCUUUCGUUCCUGGACACCGACGGGGAAUCGCGGAAGGAGAACACGGACGAAUCGUCGACGAAGACGAGGAAGAAAAAGAAACGAAGAUAUUUAACGAUAUGCACGAGCAACUGCAAAUACGAGGUGGUGAGGCGCGUCGCGGCGCGUUUCGGGAUGAAGGAGGUGACGGAGGACAGCAGCUGGAACCUCUACUGGACGGACCUCAGCGUGAGCGUGGAACGUGCAAAGGACAUGAAGAGGUUCCAAAAGGUGAAUCAUUUCCCGGGGAUGACGGAGAUCUGCCGGAAGGAUCUGCUCGCGCGAAACUUGAACCGCAUGCUGAAACUGUUCCCGAAGGAUUACAAUUUCUUCCCGAAGACCUGGUGCUUCCCCGCCGACCACGGGGAAGCCAUAGCCUACGCGAAGCUUAGACGCUCGAAAACGUUCAUCGUCAAGCCGGACACGGGGUGUCAGGGACGCGGAAUCUACCUAACGAGGAAUCUGAAGGACGUCAAGCCUACCGAGCGCAUGAUCUGCCAAGUGUACGUGGCCAGGCCUUUCCUGGUGGAUGGCUACAAGUUCGAUCUUCGGAUCUAUGCACUGAUCACCUCGUGCGACCCUCUCAGAGUUUACGUGCACAACGAUGGCCUGGCGAGGUUUGCCACGAGCAGGUACAAGGAACCCACGGGCCACAACACAUCCAACGUGUUUAUGCACUUGACGAACUAUGCCGUCAACAAGCAUAGUCGAAUGUACGUAAUCGACGACGAAACUGGCAGCAAGAGGAAGAUAUCGACCCUGAACAAGUGGUUGAUACUGAAGAACGUCGACGUGGACGAGCUCUGGCGCAAGAUCGACGAGAUCAUAAUAAAAACGAUCCUGGCGGCGUAUCCUAUUCUCAAGCACAGCUACCAUACAUGCUUCCCCACCCACGACAAAACGUACGCGUGUUUCGAGCUGCUGGGCUUCGACGUUCUGAUCGAUUGGAAACUGAAGCCGUAUCUCCUGGAGGUUAAUCACUCGCCGAGCUUCCACACGGACGCGCAAAUCGACAAGGAUAUAAAGGAGAGCCUGCUGAUGGACACGUUCGAGAUGCUGAACCUGCAACAGUGCGACAAGAAAAAGAUUAUGGACGAGGAUCGGAAGCGGGUCAGAGAUCGAUUGCUCCAAGGAGUGACUUCCAAGGAUGGCAGUUCGAACGAUUCGACGAUCGGUACGACGAAGCUCGAUAAACCGGAGGAUUAUCUGCAGAGGCAAUUUAAAUGGGAGGAGGAACACAUGGGGAACUUCCGUAAAAUCUAUCCGUGCAUCGACAGCGAAAAGUACCAGCCGUUCUUCAAGCAGAACAGCAUUUCCGUGUUCCAAGACACGGUGGCGUCGAGAGCGCGGGAAGAAGCCUCGAGGAUCCAGAAGGAGGAGAUCGAGACGAAGAUCAAAGAACAGGAGAGCAAAAAGAUUUCAGGGAAAUGGAGCGACUCGAAGAUACAUCCGGAGAGCCCAAACCCUGCGCCCAGGUCCACGCUCAGCAACCAAGAGAGGAAUAAAUCUACAACCGCGUUGAAGAAACGCUCAUUCUCUACGAGUACGAAGAAGCAGAUCGCGAUUUCCGCGGCGAACACUUUGUACUCCUUCGAGCCGGAAAUCAUUUGCGAGUCCGAGGAAAGGGAACGCGUCACGUCGUUGGCUCAGAGGGAUUUUCUGAUCAAGAGCUACGGAAUAUUGGAGCAGAUUUACAUGGCGAUGAAGAGGAACGGCACGUUGCGUGCCAUCGACGAGAAGAAAUACGGACUGUACGGGAAGCUCGGUUACCCGGAAAACGAGAGCAAAAGCGCGAACGCAUGCAGAUCCAAGUGUCAUCGUCAUCAUCAGGCCGCGGUCGAAUCCAAUCACUCGUCGCAGUGUUGCCUGAAAGCAACAGAUUUCCAAGUGACGUGCAGCGAGGCGCCGGUUUACGUUCGCCCGAAGAUACCGGAAAAAUUCUGGCUGGACGAGUUGAAUUCGAACGAUCGCGACGGACGGAUCACCAAAACUCACGUGGCCCGCACCCUCUCGAACAUCGUGCGCCUCCACACCCUCGAGAAACGGAGCGAGCUCAAUCUCUCCAAGUUUUAG